GAGGGAAAGCCAGAGAACAAGAAGGAGGAGGCCAUGUCAUGAGAAAGAGUGGGUGAGCGAGAGACUGCAACAGAGUUCAGACAGUUGGAUGAGGAAGUAGUGAUGGUGAGCACAUGGGUGUGGUUGGUUAGCAGUUUGCAUAUCUGCCUUUGACGAGUGACGUACAGAGGAAAGCACCGUGGGUGAUGAGGCUGUGGAUGAAUCUCUGGACUCGGGCAACUCACAGGAUGGAUACUAAGAUUUAUUUUACCUCAUUGACCUUCUUCCUGUUUGUCAUGUUAAAAGUGUCGGGGGCUCAGACUCCACCACACGCGGAUCAAAUGCAGUCUGUGAGCAACAACAUGGCAAACUCACCAACAAUGCCCGCUGCUGCGACUCCCACCGAUGUAACAGGAAGCAGAAUGGGAAGCAGAACCACCAGAGAUGCUGACUCCGCCCCGGAAACUCGCCCCGCUGAAGGAACCACAAGACAGAGCACCAGCAACCCAGUCAACGUCACCCCCACCACAUCACAAAAUAAGACUGCAACAGCUCCCAAAGAACAACAAACAACAAAACCACAACCAAAGCCCACAACCACUCCAGCAUCCACAGUGACAUCUUCCCCAUCCACAACUAAGAAAACCACUGCUGUUGCCCGGGAUUGGAAGUGGGAUAAAGAUUUCGUCUAUGGUGAGAAGCUACAUUUGACUGUGUUUUUAUGUCUGUCCAGUCCAUCCAACGCCUGGAGGGAAUUCCUUCAAAUUUGGCACAAACUUCAACUUGGACUUGUGGAUGAACGAAUUCAAUUUUGGUGGUCAAAGGUCACUGUGACCUCACGUCCAUCCCAAUCGUGAUAUCUCAAGAACGCCUUGAAGGAAUUUCUUCAAACUUGGCACAAACGUCCGCUUUUACUCAAGGAUAAAGUGAUUACAUUUAGAUGUUCAAAGGUCGAGGUCACUGUGACCUCACGUCUGUCCCAUUCUCAUGCUAUCUCAAGAAUGCCUUGAACGAAUUUCUUCAAAUCUGGCACAAACAUCCAAUUGGACUUUAACUGUUAACUGUUUACAAUUUGGUGGUCAAAGGUCAUUGUGACCUCACAAAAAAACAUUUUUGGCUUUAACUCAAGGAUCCAAAUGUUAAAUAUGACAAUUUCACACAAAUGUGGAAUAGGAUAAAAUGAUGAAGUGAUGACCUUUUAGACAGACAUGGAUGUAAACUGCAACUUGACUGGCUGGCGGAGGCAUACAACCGCUAAGUGGUCAUUCUAGUUUUGUGUAA